UCAGGAAUUGAAAUAAUUAGCUAGAGCUCUAUAUUGGCCUUGAGCUUGAGAAGAAAGAUUAUUAAAGGUGAAAAAACAAUUUUAAAGGCAAAAGGAGCCAAGAGGGGGUGACAACUUUCAUUUGCUUUUUGGACUUCCUUCUCUUUUUGUCUUCUUAUUAUUAUCAAUCCUACAACUUCCUCAUCAUUUUUCCGCCAAACUUGUCUCCAUAAAAUUUCUAUCUUCUCUACCUUUCAUUCUUCUUCUUCUUCUUUGGAAAUUCUCUGAUCAGGAAGAUAAUAAAAGUAGAAAAUUAUAAAGAGAAGUUCCAAAGAAGAUUAUAUAUAUAUAUAUAAUAUGGCACCUGUUUCAUUGCCCCCUGGUUUCAGGUUUCAUCCAACAGAUGAAGAACUUGUUGCUUACUAUUUGAAAAGAAAGAUUAAUGGUAGGAAAAUUGAACUUGAGGUCAUUCCUGAAGUUGAUCUCUACAAAUGUGAGCCAUGGGAUUUACCAGAUAAGUCUCUUUUGCCUAGUAAAGAUAUGGAAUGGUACUUCUUCAGUCCUCGUGAUCGAAAAUACCCUAAUGGAACGAGGACUAACCGUGCAACGAAAGCUGGGUACUGGAAGGCUACGGGAAAGGAUAGAAAAGUAAAUUCGCAGAUGAGGCCUAUUGGAAUGAAGAAAACCCUAGUAUAUUACAGAGGGAGAGCACCCCAUGGAACUCGAACUGGUUGGGUCAUGCAUGAGUAUCGUUUAGAAGAAAGAGAAUGUGAAGUUGCUAAUGGCAUGCAGGAUGCAUAUGCACUUUGCCGUGUAUUCAAGAAGAGUUUGAAUGCCCCAAAAAGUGGAGAUCAUUAUGCUAGUGAUCGAUCCUCUAGCAUUGAUGUGUAUACUGAGGGAUCAAGGUUUGAUGAUAUGGAUCAGAGUUCUGACUAUGGAAUGCCAUCAGCAGCAACAAGUUCAUCCAUGGCUGUCCAUGGUUCUCCAUUAAUGAAUGUUGCUGGUCCAAGUCAUGAUGAUAAAUGGAUGCAAUACUUAUCUGAUGAAGCUUUCACUUCCAUUAAUCCUUCAUUUCCCACUAGUAAUGGAGCUUUUCCAUAUCACCCUUCUAAGGUUGAUAUAGCAUUAGAGUGUGCGAGGUUGCAGCAUAGGUUUGCCUUACCUCCAUUGGAGGUGCAAGAUUUUCCCCAAGUGGGCUAUGUUGAUUCUCAAUCAAAUGAUCAUCUUAUGUAUCAUCAAAGCACAAAUCAAACGGAUAUUGUACAAGAAAUCCUAUCCGUUGCCCAAGCUUCACAUGAUAUUACAAAUCAAGAUUCAUGGGGUGGAAAUUACAAUUAUGCUCCUCCUAGUGAUGACUUUUCUUUUCUUCCUCACAAUAAUCAAAUCCAUGACUUGGAUAAUUCCUUCAAUUUCAUGGAACAACUAAAGGAAGAUCACAAUGCUAGGUCCAUUGCAGUCACUGAUUUUGAUGACAAGACUUUUCUUGCGGACUACAAGACGGUUCCAAUAGAAAAUAUUUCAGGUCCCCAUAAAGAAGAACAAGACCUCCAAGGAGAAGCCAGUGGUAUGCAUAACAGCUUGAAUGAAAGAGAAGCAAACAAUUUCUCAUUAGGAUUUGGUAAUGACAGCUUCUUGAAUGAUGAAGACACAGAUGGUUUUUCAAAUUCCCCAAGUUUUGAAGUUUAUGAGAAAAUUGAAGUGAGCCAAGGAUUGUUUGUUGCCACAAGGCAAGCAGCCAACACAUUCUAUCAUCAAGUGGUGCCUUCAAAAACAGUUACAGUACACAGAGACCUAGUCCCAGUACUAGUGCAUGACUUUCCCAUAAGAAAAAUACAAGAAAAUGCAACUUUGCUUGAUACAUUUAUGGCAUUUUCAAGGAAAACACUAUCAGGAGUUAUGAGAGUCACUAGGCCUUGGAAAGGAAAAGUAAGCACUUUGGUUCAUAUGAUUGCACCGUUAUAUACAUUUUGGAGUAUUUUGGGGAUUGCUUAAAUUAGGAGAAGGGAAAUUUAAUUUCCACAGUGGUUGUGCAAAUUAAUCAAAUGACCUAAUUUCACCCUUGUAUUAAUUAGCGAUCUUUCCACCAUUUGGUUGCACCACAUUAAUUGUCCGAUCCCUUCUUCCCUUUGUAGUUUGUACCAUUUUUUACUUGUACUUUUGUUUUCUAAAGAUUAACCUCUUGUAAUGCUAACCACAAUUAAUUGUUGUUAGGGGAAAGCUUAACUUAAGGCCCCUUAA